GGGCGCCCUCUAUUGUUAACCAUUGCGAAGAAGGACUCGCCCACACUGUUCAUGCAGCGCUGUUUUUUGUGAUGCAAAACGAUGAAAAAUAUACUAUUCUGACCUAAUUUGCCCUCAUUAACUGUUCGAGAUAUUUAUACAGAUCAACCUGAAAAUGUUGCAAUUCAUGCUGCUGUUUAGUAGGCAGGGCAAACUCCGCCUACAGAAAUGGUACCAAGCCCACACUGAGAAGACGAAGAAGAAGAUUACUAGGGAACUCAUCAAUACCGUCUUGACGCGGAAACCAAAGAUGUGUAACUUCUUGGAGUGGAGAGAUCUGAAAAUUGUUUACAAAAGGUACGCAAGCUUGUACUUCUGCUGUGCUAUUGAAGAUAAAGACAAUGAACUCUUGACGUUAGAAAUCAUCCACAGAUACGUGGAGCUGCUGGACAAAUACUUCGGAAGUGUUUGCGAGCUGGACAUCAUCUUCAACUUUGAGAAGGCGUACUUCAUGCUGGACGAGCUGAUGCUAGGAGGAGAGAUCCAGGAAACGAGCAAGAAGAAUGUCUUGAAGGCGAUUCAGGCACAGGACCUGCUUCAGGAGGAGGCUGAGGUGAACAAAAGCGUGCUGGAGGAACUUGGACUGACAUGAUGAUUGCGAUCCUUGAUGCAUGCUGGAAAGUAACGUCUACAUUUGUUUAAGUAUUCUUAGAAUGCCAUUCUAAUUCCAUACCGGUGAAAAGGAAAUAUACAUGUACAUGCUUUGAUUGUUUCAAAUAAGCAUGGCGAUUAACUUGAAUUCAAUGUGAUAGCGGUGCAUUGUCACCCAGUAUAUUGCUGUCUUGGGGAUGGGAAAUAAAGUAUAGAAGUGAUUCAGUCCUGUACUUUACUGGUAGAUAAGUAGAUUGUAUAAAUUGUGACCUAUACCUGUAGUAUUUGUACCAAGGGAAACAAUGUAUAGUUUUCCCGUGUAGCCUCAUGAUUGUGUCUACUUCACAAAGUUAACACUCGGUUCUAUUACCCCAGUGCUUCUCUGCAGUUAUCCUGAACCUUUCUUGUUUGUAACGAGUAACAAGUAUCGUCCUUGUAAUUUUCGGAUUGUAAAAUAAUUAACCAAUCACGAACGAAUCAUUACACUUCAUGAAUACAAUUACGUGAAGAAAAUACUGUUGCGAAUACAUCAUGGUGUCCGCUUUAUCAUGAUUCCUUAUUUGGUUUGUUGUUUAAUAAUAAGAUGAAGAUUUACGUUAGCACCAUGUAAUAAAUUUCUUGUGUGCAGUUAUCUGGUUUUGUUAUUAAAAACUUAAAAGAUAUUGGCGUAACAUGCAUGUUACGUUUUGUGGGGGAUUUUUUUGGUUCGCUUAUGAUAAAAAGUACUGCAGUAAAACACAAUUUAUCUGAUAUUCUGUACACAUGGCAGAUGAAUAAAAGCUUACGUACGAAGUGAACAACA